AUGUCUAUUAACUGGUCACAACUGGAUGGCGACAUCACACGCCUGUAUGUAUCGGAGGACAAAUCACUUGAGGAUACUCUUCAAUACCUCCAUAACAAGUACAACGUUAAGAUUACGCCCCGGCAGUUCAAGAGAAAAUACUCUGGCCUCAAAAAGCUCCGUGCUACCGAAUGGAAAGCCAUCAUCAGAGAGAUUGCAAAAAGGGAAACCGAGAACAAGAGAUGUGAGGUCUUUUUAAACGGCCGGAAGCUGGAUCCCGCACGUAUCGAAAGAGAAAAGCGGAGGUAUGGCAAUGUUUGUGAAGCCGUUGAAAGCCGAGAAAAGAUUGAUCUAGGAAUCAAUACUAUUGGCAGGCACCGGAUAGAAGUCCGCACACCUCAGCCUCUCACAUCUGAAGUACCUUCUCCAGAGCCGCUUCUUGCUUGGCCCUCAGAACAAACAGCCACCAGCUUACAGCAAGCGGAUGCAGCUGAUCAACUAGAGCUAAAUGUACAUAAUCUUCUUGAAUGCGACCUUGGAUUAUCGGAUCUCAGCACCCCUCGACUGGAGUUGAACUACACAGCUUCUUCAUCUGGAGCAGUGAGCCAGACAACAGGAGACAACCAGACUCUUAUAUGUAGCAACGACUUCGCAUUUGACCUUCAGUCAGAUACUAUUGCCGCUAUGGGGGUCGGUGUGACUCAACAUUCGCCAUUUCAUUGGUUCCAGCGAACUCAAUCGGAGUUUAGUCUUUCGAGUCGAAGGACUUCUGGGCAUAUCCUGCAGCACAGCUACGCAUCUCAUGACACCGAUAUUCCGCUUAGUUUCUUGGGUUCCCCAGAUGCCACUAAAAUCCUCGCAAACCUUCAAUCAAGGAGUUUCUUUUGUCGCACCGAUUUGGAAACUAUGCAUGAAUGCAUGGCUCCCCGUGAUGAUUCAAAAGUCCGCAUACCAAAGCACUACAAUCAGAUUUCAUCAUAUUUCAAUUGCAUCGUAACCUCGUUUCGUAUUCCACCUCAAGUUUUACUCUUGACGGAAGUAAUACUAAACAGUUGGGAUAUUCCCUCGUUAGCGAAUAACAGAGAAAUUAAUUUCUUGAUUCGAGACCAUGGUCGACAGCUCCUUUACUUGUUGUUUACGGCUAUUGUGCACCUCUGUUGCAACAAUAUGAUGGUCAUUGGCGGGCUUUUUUCUUUCCUUGAUUGGUUGAGUCGUAUGGACCUUUUGGGACAGUUUGGGGCAUUCCUGCGAGGAAACUCCUUAGCUACCCACGCUAUUGUCGACGAACUUGUUCGAAGAUUGCAUGACCACCCCGACAGAGGAAGAAGGAUACCCAACGAACCAGUAUGGGAAAGCCAUAAGGAAAAUCUUAUUGCACUGCUUCUCGAGCCUAAAACCAUACAACUACCAAGAAGGAUGGCCGGGAGAUUGCUUCAUGCGAUUGCUUUCACACCUUGGGUUAAACUCGGAAAGAUAUUAGUGGAGAAGGGAGCCAGUUUGAAUUCUGAGAGGCCUUUGACAGACAGAUUCAACAGGCUACAAUUCGAAGGCGUCAAGUCGUGCGUGGGAACGCCACUGUGCCAGGCUGUCAUGGACAGGGGACUCAAGAUGGUCGGAUUCCUCAUCGACGCUGGCUGUGACGUCAAAAGACAGUUUCAUGACGAGUUCACAGGAAAAUCUUACAACGCCCUCGGAUUAUGCCUGUCCCGAGAUUACCCUGAUAUCGAUAUUGCCGAGCUCUUGGUUUCGGCUGGCUGCGAGGUAUACCUAGGCUUCAGGUCGAACUGGCAAGUGACGCUGGAAAACUUUAAACACUAUAAAAGAAUGUCUCAGCAGUUACAAGACAAGCUUGAAAUCCCUUCACAUGUUCAGAAACAUUAUGAAUUGUGUAUAGGGGCAGUUGAAGCAGCAGCAUCCGGAAAUCAAGGACUUUCAACAUAUCUUCUCGAAAAUAAAGUUUUCCAAGAAGAGACCCUCGAGUACAUUUUGAGAAUUUCAGUCGAAAAAGGGAGCGACGCGGCCGUUCAAACUCUACUGCGGCGUGGUGUAAACCCCAAUGCCCCCAAACAACUGCUAGGGAAUCGUAUCCUCGGAGGCGAUGAGGGUCUGAAGGGAAGCACACCAAUUCAACUGGCAGCAUCCGAGGGGUAUUACGACAUUGUUUACCUGCUUUACAAAGCCGGGGCGAAAUUCGAUUUGGAGAUUUUGGAGGAGAUAAAGCGUAGUAUUCGUCGCUCGUAUAGUGUAGAGCAUUGUCUCGAUCUUUUAUCAGCACUAUUGGUAUCAGGGGUCGACCCGAACCUAGUUGGGCCCUUUGCACUUGCGCUUGCUAUCGAGGAAAACCGUAUCACCAUGUGUGGAUUCUUCUUGGAUCUUGGAGCUCCGAUGGACGCCUACGGCGAGGGCGGUCAGACACCUUUACAACGAGCGGCCUCGGAAGGGAAGUUCGAAAUCUUACAGUUCUUGCACGAUAAAGGCGCAGAUGUCAACGUGUCAGCAUAUCGUGAUAACGGACGAACGGCUUUACAAGCCGCAGCUGAAGGAUUUGAUUACAAUUCAGACGAGAUUUUGGAGUACCUUCUCAAUGCUGGCGCGGAUGUUCGAGCGCCUCCUGCAGAAGAGGGGGGUCUCACUGCCCUUGAAGCUUUGGCAAACGGAAAUGAGUUUCCCCUCCAUCGCUACCGUGAAUCGGUCCAACCUUCUUGGUUCAAACGUUUCAUGUCACUAGGGGCUCCAAUCAAUCGGCCGAGUGGCGCGAGUAGUAAUACCCUACAUGGACUGAUAGAUUCAGGCAGUCGUGGAUGCCUAGGGUUUGUGUUGCAAGCUGGAGCAAGAGUUGAGGAUAGAAGUUUACCGCAGUGGAAAAAACCAGGAAGAGGGAGCAAGGACAUGACACCGUUGCAAUACGCCGCGCUUGUAGUCGAUGCAGAGGCUAUUCGUAUUCUUCUCAAGCACGGAGCCGACGUCAAUGCAGAAGCUGGGGAAGAAUUCGGGCGUACAGCUCUACAAGCAGUGGUAUCGAGUGCCCCGAGGGAGGCUGUUACCGAAGUCGUGGAUCUGCUUUUGUCUCACGGCGCGGACGUCAAUGCGCCACCGGCACGAAAAGGCGGAAUAACAGCGUUACAGGGCGCGGCUUCUACAGGCGACUUUCAACUUGUCAAAAAUCUCCUCGCUCAUGGCGCAGAUGUCAACGCUCCAGGAGCUGCAGAGGAAGGCAGGACAGCGCUUGAAAUCGCAGCUGAAUGGGGUCGCUUGGACAUGUUUCGGUUCCUACUCAGUAAAGGGGCCGUUCCGGACCCGGUCAGGGGAUACACAAGUGCAAUUGAGCUUGCAGAAAAGAAUGAAAGCUUUGUGGUUGCGGAAUUCUUACGCAACGAGAGCAUAUUGAAUCCCCUGGACCCUGGGCUGUGGAACAUGGACUUUAGCGAAACUUUUCAGUCUAUGCCUACUCCCAGCUCUGACUUUAUAGAUGUUCUUAUGAAGGAGUAUACGGAGAUUUAG